AGAGAGAUCUCGUUAUCCGACUUUACCCUUCAACAACUUCAAAUUUCCCGUUCACGAUCGGUACCAUAUAUAUAUUCGUCUCUCUCCGCCAAUUGCUCCGAUUUUCGAUUUUCGAUUUUCGAUUUUCGAUUUUCGACUCUCUCUCUCUCUCUCUCUCUCUCUCUCUCUAGGUAAUCUGCAGUUUUUUUACUCCAUUCCGUCUCGAGAAGGUAUUCAGCCACCGGGAGGAGCGAGGAGCGACGGCAAUGGAGGGAGGUGGAGCAGUGCACAAUCGCACAGUGGAAGAUGUUUUCAGUGAUUUUAGAGGCCGUAGAAAUGGUGUCAUCAAAGCCCUCACCGUAGAUGUUGAAGAAUUCUUUCAACAAUGCGAUCCUGAGAAGGAAAAUCUAUGCUUGUAUGGCUUUCCAAAUGAACAAUGGGAGGUUAAUUUACCUGCUGAAGAAGUACCUCCAGAACUCCCAGAGCCGGCGUUGGGUAUUAAUUUUGCUAGAGAUGGCAUGCAAGAAAGGGAUUGGUUGGCCUUGGUUGCUGUCCACAGUGAUUCUUGGUUGCUCUCUGUUGCCUUCUACUUCGGUGCGAGAUUUGGAUUUGAAAAAUCUGACAGGAGGCGGCUUUUUAAUAUGAUAAAUGAAUUGCCAACUGUAUUUGAAGUAGUCACAGGCAUUGCAAAGAAACAAGUCAAGGAAAAGUCAUCGAGUGCUAAUGGUAGCAAGUCCAAGUCAAAUUAUAAAGCACGGGAAGCAGAUAUUCAAGGAAUGUAUAGGCAGCAGCCACAGGCAAGGGAAGAGGUAGACGUCUUGUACGAAGAAGAUGAGGACGAGCACGGUGAGACCUUGUGUGGGGCGUGUGGUGAGAACUAUGCAUCAGACGAAUUUUGGAUUUGCUGCGAUAUCUGUGAGAAGUGGUUCCAUGGAAAGUGUGUGAGAAUAACCCCUGCCAAAGCAGAGCACAUUAAGCAGUACAAGUGCCCAUCCUGCAGCAACAAGAGAGGCCGCCUCUAAACGGCUCAAUGCAAUUUUUGGGAAGUACCACUUCUACUUCUCUCUUUGAUCAUGGAAUUACAGGGGAAGUGCUUUUGCUUUGCUUAGCAUAUUUCAGGUUUCCAGUUUUUAAGUUUCCAUGUAAAGUCUAGAUCGCUAGCCUUAGUCUUUCCUUAUGGUCAUGUCUUCUCAUGAUCCACAAGAAUUAGCUUAUAAACUUUGGAAGCUGUCAAGAAUAUGAACCAUGUUAACCUUUUGAUUUAGUAAAGAAAUACUUAGUGAUCUGGAAUA